UUCUUCGAGUGCCAGCGUGCAUGUGCUUGUGGCAGUACACGCGUUGCUAGUGCGUAAGCAAGUGUGAAAUUAGCAGCACAGUGUGAGAAAAGAGAAAUUACCACAGCUAAAAGUGGAACGAAUUGCUUUUUUGUUGCAGUAAUUAAGCGAAAAAUUUUACAAAUUAAUACACAACUUCGAUUUUCCCUUUCGAAACGCAAGCUUUCGAUUUUUACUACGACGGCGACGGCGACGACGACCACUUCGGCUGCGUCAACCCCCCGCGCGCACACUCUACAACGCAGCCAGCGCGAAAAUAAAGCAGGGAAUAAGAACAACACCGCACCACCACCACCACCACUAGCACGCACAAGCCAACCACCGACCGUCCUUUCUACACAACGUCGUUUCCGCUAACCAACUCGCCCAUUCGCUUGCCGUUGGCUUCGUUGUCGCGCGCGGUAGUAGGUACUACAAAUUUUCGCUAAAAUUUUCAUGCGACUAUGAAACGCAAGUCAUUGCUAAAUUAUAAGUAAUUACGGUAAUUUCGUUUCUUUUCAACGCCUUUUAUUGUUCCUCUUAUUCCUAUUGUAAUCGGUCUGUGUGAUUCGUCGUGUCGUCGCGCAGCAGCAGCGGCGUUCGCGGUGGUUGUUUCGCGUUGGUGUGUUUGGUGGCGGUGUUAAUGUUAAUAAACCAUAAGUGGAAAUUAUGGCCUCUUCGCUGUUGGGCCUCACCGAUUUAAUACGAUUCCAAUUGGAGCGCAUCAAACUCGACGAACUAACCUACAAGGAUGAGCUGCAUUUGCUGCGCCAGCUACUGGCGCUGGAUACUGCGUCGCAACAACCGCCGCACUCGGUGCUCUCGAACGGCAGUAGUCAGGAGCAUAACCAGCAGCCGACGCAAGCAUGCGCGCCAACGACCACCUGCACGCCAACACAAACGCAGGCAGGCGCGCAAACGCAAUCACAACAGUCACACACGCAGGCGCAGACACCUUUGCGCUUGCAGGCGCCACAACACCACCAACAUCAGCAGCAUUUCGCGACACAUUCUUCGCCGCCGCUACCGCCGCCGACGUCACAACAAUCGUUGCCGCCGCUGCCGCCGCCGCCGCAGUAUCAGCCGAAGUCAUUGCCGCAAAAUCAUUAUCCGCCGCCGCCGAGUCAAAGCCAGAGUCAGUGUCAUCUCAGCAGCGCGCUCAGCCAGAUUACCAAUCCAUUUCAGCACUCGAUUCAUAGUCACAGCCAUGAACAUAGCCAGAGCCAACAGAAUCUCUAUCCUCCCAGUCAUAGUCCGGUGCAAAAUCAACUCUGCUAUGCGCAAAGUCAAAAGCAUCGUCAAAAGCAGCGUCGAUUUCAGCAGCAAAAUUCCAAGCGCUCCUCACAACAAGUACAGCAGAGUCGCAGCAAGCUGCAUGGACAGCCGACGGAUAGCGAUGGCGCAGCAACUGCUGAUGAGUCCAACAAUGUCGGCGGCGGCGGCGCCAACAAUCACCACACAUCGCCAGGUGGGGGCGGCUAUAGUGGCGCCGCCUGCAAUGGCGGUAUUGGCGCACUGGGCAGUAGCGGUGAAUUGGCCGAUGAGGAGCUGGUUGGUGCAGUGGGUGGCAGCAACGGUGGUGGUGGCGGCGGCGGUGUCGGCGGCAGUGCGGCAACAAAUGGCGGCGGCAGUGAGGAUGGCUCCAGUGCCAGCAGCAAUGCUGACCUACAAAAGGAUUUCAAAGUCCAAGUACUCGAGUGGUUUCAACAGUUGUACGUCCAAACAGAAUCGUUCAGAUCGGACGAGGAGUCACAACGUGUCCGUGAGGCGGGCAAUAAUUGCUAUCGCAAGGAACACCAUCCACUCAAGGCAUGCGAUCUGUAUACUGAGGCCAUAUUUCUAGCGCCCGUCGAAGAGGAUGCGGACAAUACAACAGCGGCAAUGGCACAUGCCAAUCGUUCGACAGUGCUGCAUGAUUACGGCAUGUAUGAGGAAGCCUACGACGAUUGCUUGUGCGCCCUGGAGCUGGGCUAUCCCGAAGAGUAUAAUGCGUUGAUCAAACUACGCCAAGCCGCUUGUGCCUUAAAGUUGCGUAAUUUUGCGCUCUGCGAGCUGCAUGUGCACGAGCUGUUGCACAUGGAUCUCUCCGAGGCAUUUGAGGCGCGCACACACGAACUCUGGCACGAAUGCGAGGUGCUGAAAUCGGAAAAAAUCGACAUGGGCGUACAGACGGACGAUGAUCAUUACGCGGCGAUGGCGCCGCCACCGCAACACAUAUUGCACGGGAGUAGCAGCAAUCGGUUAAAGGUCUACGAAGUCGCCUGGUCGGAUACCUCGAAUGCCAUUACAACGACGCGCCGCGCCUAUUUGCGCGCCACCACAGACAUUGUCCGGCACAUGCCCAUUUUCAACGAGCACGCUGCCGUUUUUGUGUCCAGCGGCCAAGCGCGCAUCUGCGAUAAUUGCGCCAUCACACAAUUCAUACCAUUUCCAUGCGACUACUGUUCGAAUCGCACAUCCGUUUAUUGUUCGCGUAAAUGUCGUAGCCAGCACUCCUCCAUACAUGUGCUCGAAUGUUUCGCCCACCAGAUUGAGCUGUUCGAGGAGUUUGGCGAGGCGUUCGCCAAGCCACGUCUACUGCAGCUCGCCUUUCGCAUGCUAAUCACCGGUUUGCCACAAGUGAUGCCGCACUGCCGCAAACGGCCGACUGUCAACAAGAUGUGGAACGCCUUCAAUGGCAUACUCACCGAACGUACGGACAUACCCUAUUCGGCGCUGCUGCGCCUCGAAACGCACCUCGACAAAAUCGACGCUGAGACGACUGUUUCGCUAGCGAUUGCCGCGCACAUACUGGCCAUCUACUUGGCCGAAUGCACCGACUUCUUCGAGCACCUCGAUCUCAUGAUGCCCGCCCCAAUGAAGUUGGCACGCAGCGAAUGGAUAUUGCUGUCCGCUGCGCUACUGCUGCGCCACAUUGGCCAGCUGAGGCACAAGAAUCUCAUACACUGCCCGUCCUUUGUGCUGCCCGCAGAUCCGCACAUACUCUCGCCACUGCACGAGUACAGUCUGUGGUCGGCGGUGAAACAUGUGCGGCAGGGCCAAUUGCAUUUGCUGGCCGGUGAUGUGACGUGUGUCGCCUAUGCGGUCUAUCCGCAAACGCUUAGCCUGUGUCGGCAAUCGUGCGUUGGCCAAGUGUAUCGUAAGCAUUCGGGUCGGCAGGUGAGCGCUUAUGCGACCUGUGAUAUACUGUUGGGCGCGUGCAUUACCAACUGCUUUGUCUAUGCUGGGGACUAUCGACAAUCGUUGCACGAGACACGGAGGCAGGACCUCAAGGCGCGCGGCAUCGACUGCAAGUGCGACAAGUGCUUUCGUCCAUAUCCGGAUGAGGAUUUUCAUAAAUUUCAUCGCUAUCGCUGUGAUAAUCCAAAAUGUAUGCAAAUAUUCACACCACCCGCCAGCGAUUUCAAAAAUACACGCAAUUUACGCUGGUGGCGCAGUCCGUAUUACAAAAACCCCAUCAACGAGGGCACCGAUCUGCUGGUGUGCAGCGUUUGUGACGAAAGCCAAAAACUGGAAUGGUUUUGGACCUUCAACGCUGCACUGAGCGACUGUGAUGCGGUUGAGGUGCGUUGCAAGUUGUAUGCGGCCGUUGAGCGGGCCGAAACGCAACUUGUAGAAAUGCACGAAUGCAAAGUCGCUUUGGCGUGUCAAUUAGUCGAGCAAUGUUUAUUGAUGCAUCGAGAGGGGCAAAAACCUUUCGACGAUUGGGAAUUCAAUAAGCUGGGCUCGAUUAUGCGUAAUGCUCUCAAUAUUGUAGCUGCACAAUAUAGUGUCUUUAGCAUAGAGUAUAUACAACACAUGUCCUAUUUUUGGGAUAUCAUGGCACUUAGCAAUUACAAAUGUAGCGAUAAGGAACUGAUGCAAAUGUUACAAGCACUCGAAUACAUACCGGACGAAUACAAGGAGAUCUUCAUUAACUACUAUGACGACUUCAUAACACCGAAAUUCGCUGAGGAAACCUAUACAAGUCUUAUGGAUACGCAAGUUUAGGAAUUCAACAGCUGAAAUAGCGCAAAACAACUUAUUAUGUACUAUAAACUGCAGAAAGGAUCAUAGCAAAAUUACAACAAAACGGACUUUGGCAAAAGGAACAACAUAAAAACUAAAACUAACU